AUUAUCAUAUAUUAAGUUACAUGUAUCAUCUUUGAUAAGAGAGUGUAAUGACUAUUAUAAAGUUUUUGAAGUACAUAUGUGCGUAGUAGUAUAAAACAAAGAAUUGCAAUGAGAGAAAUAAUUCAUGUUCAAGUUGGACAAUGUGGCAACCAAGUCGGUUCGAAAUUUUGGGAGGAAAUUUCCCAAGAACACGGUAUAAGCAACGAUGGGAAAUACAUGGGGAAUGAAGAUAUCCAACUGGAACGGAUCGAUGUCUUUUUCUCUGAGGGUCAAGUCGGAUCUUACGUUCCUCGGUCGUGCAUGGUGGAUCUCGAACCCGGAACUAUAGAUGCUAUCCGUAGCGGACCUUAUGGUAAAAUAUUCAGACAGGAUAAUUUUGUCUUUGGUCAAAACGGUGCGGGUAACGUCUGGGCGAAAGGGCAUUACACAGAGGGAGCUGAACUUGUGGAUGAAGUGAUUGAUAUCUUGAGAAGAGAGGCCGAGCGAUGCGAGUGUCUCCAGGGUUUCCAGUUGCCGCAUUCCUUGGGUGGUGGGACCGGAUCUGGAAUGGGAACAUUAAUACUAGAAAAGAUUUCGGAGGAGUUUCCGGAUCGUAUGAAAUGCUGCUAUUCCAUAUUUCCGUCAUCCACGGUUUCCAACGUGGCACAGGAACCUUACAAUGCAGUACUUGCCCUUCAUCAACUUCUUGAACAAUCCGAACAAACUUUUUGCGUCGAUAACGAGGCUCUUCAAAAGAUCUGCUUACAGAGCCUGAAAAUUCGGAACCCGAGUUAUGGCGAUCUCAAUCAUCUCAUCUCCCGUACGAUGUCUGGAGUAACAGCGUCGUUACGGUUUCCGGGGCAACUCAAUUCGGAUUUACGAAAACUGGCCGUCAAUAUGGUUCCAUUCCCGCGUCUUCACUUCUUCAUUCCAGGAUGCGCUCCACUGACCGCCAGGAACUGCGAGCAGUUUCGGGCGCUCAGUGUUGCGCAACUGAUCAGGGAAGUGUUCGAUUCGCGGAACAUGUUGGCAGACUGUGACCCACGUCAUGGUAGAUAUUUAACAGUAGGCACGAUGUUCAGGGGCCGUGUAUCUAUGAUGGAGGUUGAAUCAAAGCUCAUGCAAACUAGAAAUAAAAUGGCCAGCGGCUUUGUAGAGUGGAUACCAGAUAGCUUGAAAUUAGGUGUCUGUAAUGUUCCAAACACGGACUCCAAACUUUCGGCAACGUUCAUCGGUAACAAUACCGCAAUUCAAGAAAUAUUCCGGCGCAUCGUUGAUCAAUUCCAUGUCAUGUUUCGAAGAAAAGCGUACCUUCAUCAUUACAAAAAUGAGGGUAUGGAUGAAAUGGAGUUUACGGAAGCCGAGUCGAACUUAAAAGAUUUGAUAUCUGAGUAUCAGCAAUGUGAAAGCAUGGUCGUGGACGAAGAAUCGCAGGAAGAAAAUGACGAACACGGGAUCAAUGUCGAAUGAUGUCUUGAUAUACUGAUAUGCUCUUUGCGAGGAGAUGUCCGCUUUGUAGUACCCUUGUGAAGUUGUUAUU